AUGACUACACCGGGAAAGGAAGACAGCAUCAAUAGCGCUGACGAACAUGUUGCUUUUAUCGGACUGAUGCGUGGCCUGAUCAAAGAGGCCAAUAGGCGGGAGAUAGUUUACUUGUUGUUGGUGCUGACCAGGUGGCAGGUAGAAAUCUUUGACUGGGUCUACGCCGCUGGCCCUCGUGUGAUAUUGCAGGCCAAAGCGAAUGGCCGGUCUCACCAUGAUCAACCAUAUGUCAACGAUCUCGUUUUCUUCAUGGACUUCGUUGACGUCAACAAUGCUGCUGUCGACGAGUUUACUGAAUUCCACAAGCAGGAAAAGCAUCAGGACCGAGCCGGGCUGCCCAAAUUGACUUUCAUUCGUGAAUACAUCGAUUCGGCAUUUUUCAAGGGGUACAUGGACGAAGAAAUGAAGCGCGCGAAAAGCAACAACAUGCCCUCCACAUAG